ACACAUUUAUGUCUUGGUUUUGUUGAUGAUCAGUGCAUUGAAAACAAGGGAGCUUAUUCGGGUGCAAGACAAUUAGAAGUAACAAUAAAUGGAAUCGGAGAGAGAGCUGGAAAUGCUUCUUUUGAAGAGGUGGUGAUGACUAUAAAAAGCAAAGGAGAAUUAUUGGGUGGUCUUUACACUGACAUCAAAACAGAACACAUUGUUAUGGCUAGCAAGAUGGUGGAAGAGUACAGUGGACUAAUGGUGCAACCACAUAAAGCUAUUGUUGGUACUAAUGCAUUUGCUCAUGAAAGUGGAAUCCAUCAGGAUGGGGUUUUAAAGAACAAAAGCACUUAUGAAAUCAUGUCUCCUGAAGAUAUAGGACUUCACCGAUCUAAUGAGUCUGGACUUACACUUGGAAAACUUAGUGGUCGCCAUGCUCUAAAAGCUAAACUUUUUGAGCUUGGUUAUAACUUUGAGGGAAAUGAACUUAAUGAUCUUUUGUGGCGCUUUAAAUCCGUAGCUGAAAUGAAAAAGGUUAUCACUGAUGACGACCUAAUAACAUUGGUAUCAAAAUGAGGCAUUGGUAUUUACACAUAGACACAUAGUUAUUCUUUAGGCCCUAUUCUAUGACCUUAUCACCGGACUCUUACACAUUUAUGUCUUUGUUUUGUUGAUGAUCAGUGCAUUGAAAACAAGGUUAGAGAUUAUUUUGUGCCAUAAUUAAACAUGAAGAAACAAUAAGAUAUAAGUCAGAAUUUACUUUAUAAAUUGGUAUGCCAUUAACUUUUAAAGGAUGUAAUUAAGGAUUGGGCUUAGAUUUGUUACUUAAUAGCUAUAAAAUUUCGAAAUUGUAUAUUUAUGUAACAUCUUGAUGUCAUUGGGUUCGUUUAAACUUGGGAAAAUGCUUAAAAAGCUAUUAAGUUUAUUCUUUUUUAUUGCAAUCAGGUCAUAGUAACUUCUGUUGUAAAAGUUGUACCAUGUAUUGGGUUUUUAACAUCUUAAUGUCAUUAGGGAUUGGUUAUGUCCGAGGCAGUGAUUGUUGUAACUAAAUUUCAUAUAAAUA